AUGGCGGCCGAACUACGCUCCGAGCUCGCCAUCAGGCCGGUUCCUCGAGACAUCAGAGUGACCAGCACCAGCAACGACGAGAGACGACACAAGCAUUCUCGGUCAUCAUACUCGGAAGCGUCGCCGCUCACCUCGAGGAAUAACUCAUUGACCUUCCGUCCAGCGAAGCGACCAAUGCCCUCGCCCAACAAGACCAUCGCCGUCAUCAAUGCCAGCGGAAGGCAGGCCGCCUCGUUCAUCCGCGUUGCCACUGCAGUCGGCUACCAUGUGCGAGCACAGUUGAGGAAUCUCGAGGGUGUCGUGGCCACCGAGGUAGCCACAAAUCCGAAUGUCACGGUACUCGAGGGGGAGCUGUACACAAAGGACCGCCCUAUCGAGAAGAUGCAAGUCGACGUGACGCGGAACGGCCCGAUUUCCGGCAUCGGCGUCAACCACGCCCUCAUCUCAGAGCUGUUCCGGGGGGCUCAGCUGGCCUUCAUCAACACCACCUUCUACGGGGACGAGCAAAAGAUCGGAGAGGCCCUCGCAGACGCGGCUAAGAAGGCUGGGAUUCAGCACUAUAUCUACUCGUCCAUGCCAGAUCACCACGCUUACAACAAGGAGUGGCCAUCACUACCGCUCUGGGCAUCCAAGCACCAGGUCGAGGAGUAUGUCAAAAAGAUUGGGCUCCCAGCAACCUUUGUCUACACGGGCAUAUACAACAACAACUUCACGUCACUCCCCUAUCCCCUCUUCUGCACCGAGCUCCAGGAAGACGGCUCGUGGAUCUGGCAGGCCCCUUUCCAUCCAGAUGUCAAGCUCCCCUGGCUGGAUGCGGAACACGACGUCGGGCCUGCCGUCCUUCAAAUCUUCAAGGACGGCGUGAAGAAGUGGGGCGGCGGCAAGCGCAUCGCCCUCGCUUACGAAAUGCUCACCCCAAAGGAGGCCUGCGAGGUCUUCUCACGGGGAGUCGGUCGGCCAGUGCGCUACGUCCACGGGCCAAUCGAGAUCAAGGUCAAGAUCCCCGAGGGUUACCGCUGCCAACUGGAAGCACUCGAGGCGCUGUUUGGGCUAGGCCACGACGAUCCCAAGAAGCAGCCCCCAUACUUCGGUGACAUAGAGCUGGAGAACAGUUGCCCCAGGGUGGCGCUCGAGCUCUGGGAGGGUCCGCGAGGCUUGGAGGAGUACGCGCGGGAGGUGUUCCCUCUGGAGGAGCAGGCGAACGGCCUGACAUGGAUGCUUCCCGAGGGCGACGACGGCGGGGGUGGCAAUAACUCACACCAUAAUGGCAACGGCGCCGCCCACCCGCACCAUUUGAACGGCUACAUCACCACUCUCGCCCAAGUCACCCUCGAGUCGGACGGCGAGGAUGAGGACGAGGGCUUGGUCAUGCGGGGCCUCAAGCGGGACGACGAGGAGUGGCUUGCUUAG